CUCAACGAACACCCCCACCAGAGCUCUCCAAACUCCAUAGAUUUUGAUCGGGCGGGUUCGACCUUCCUCAGCCUCUUCGCCAUAUUGCUAGCUAAGCUAUCCGGAUUACGGGUCAUAUCUCCCAAGGAAUCAUGAGUUGCUCAGGAGGCUGGGCGCAGACGUGACGCGCGAUUAUAAGGGCUCGGCGGUGGCUCCUGAAAUCAGCGAGCCUUUUGGUGGGAUCCUGCAGCCCUGGAUAUCCCUCAUCCCCAUGUAGUGCUAAAUUUUCCAGUGCUAAUUUCGAUAUCAUUCAUGUAGGAUCUACUCAACAGGUUGUUAAUGCUCUUGUACACAUAAUUGUAUUGCGUAUGUGUUCUCGGUUUUCAUCCAUUCCUUCUCGCAGCGACAUGAUUGUCGUCUAUUCCGCUCUUCAACCCGGCACGGAUGAUUUCCACGAGAUGCGCAACUGGUACAAGCGUCUUCCUCAACUUAUUGAGGCAAGAGAAAUAGGUGUAGUGUUCUACUCAGGAGGCACAGGGGUGCUGGGCUUCAAGAAAGGGUUGGAUUAUCUGGGGCAUGGGAAGGCUAGCGCCGAAAAGCUGGUUGAUCAAUGGUGUUCGGGCAACGCUGUAUUAUGGUGUUGUCUAACCAACUCGAUAUCUAUGUCGAUGCAUUCUGUUGCUGUAACAAGAUAAUUCCGAACAUAGACAGACUCUGUCCCUGCGCUUGGAUAAGGGCUUGAUAAACUAUAAAUGGGUUUAGUCCAUUCGCGCAUUGGAAGGGUCCCUCAGCGCCCAAGUCUAUUCUAGAACUCAAGGAUGGAGUGCUUGGUCACUUCAGCACAUAUGGCUGAUGUUUCCAGUUCAGCCACACCGCGUGGCCAAAAACUUGCUGGAGAAGGCUGCUGGGCGCGGAAGUCGAGACGGCUGCGGCAAAGGGAUAUUCAUGGCGCCGGACACCACCUGAUUUAUCUGUUCGUUGACCGAGCGACUCCGAGCACCAUCGAAAUGAAAGUUGUCGAAGUGGUCGCAGAUAUCGAUGAUUCAUCGAAACAUAGAUGAGGAUCUGGCUAAAUGGAAACUGAGCCAAACCAGACUCGGUCGCUCAUGG